UUAGUAAACCGCUUAACGGCGAAGACGUCUCCCGAAUGUAUUUCACGGGUCUCUCCACUCAUACCAACAAAGACUUAUUGAUCCGAGAAAUUGGUAUCGCUUUUGGAGAUUAUGUUAUCACUUGUCCGACCAUUCAGUUUGCAAAGAAUGUCAUUUCAAGUGAUAAAACCGGAACUAAAGUCUAUCAAUACUAUUAUAACAGUAAAAUAGGAAAACCAAAAUACCCUGGUGUUAUAGACGGCGCCCAAUGGCCGCAAUACUAUUCAAUGGGAGCCAAUAUAAUAGCGCCGUAUUAUGAGUACACAAAUGAACCGAAAUCUGUCACUAAUUUCAACAUUGGAUUAAAGAUCGAUGAAUGCGAUUAUCUGUGGAAUCAAUACAACCAC